AUGGCAGCAGUGGCCGUACUGCGGAAUGAAACACUCCAGGCUUUUCUCCAGGAUCGCACUCCAAACUCCUCUCCAGAGAACUGCAAGCACUCUCCGCUGGCACUCCUGGCGGCCACUUGUAACCGGAUCGGCCAUCACCACGGAUCAAACCACACCGAUUUCCUCCAGGUCCCUUACGACCCAGCUCUUGGCUCCCCUUCGCGUUUAUUUCACCCGUGGACUAACGAGGGAAUACAUCAGAGCAGCCUGGCCGGCAACUCAACUUUCGGACUAUCCUCCAAGCCCCAGCUGUCUGCGCACAUCCAGAGCUCGUUCAGCUCGCACCACGAACUGCCCCUCACCCCUCCGGCGGACCCCUCGUACCCCUAUGACUUCUCCCCCGUGAAGAUGCUGCCAUGCUCCAUGCAGUCUCUGCAGUCCUCCUGCCCCCCCACCUACGUCCCCGCCGUCAGCUACGCGGCACCGACUCCCAUCCCGCCCGCCAUGUCAAGUUUUGUCACGGGACCCUCCGGCCUUGUGCACCAGCAGCAGAGACAGUUGUCCCCGAACUCCGGAGAGGAUAUCCCGUGGUGGAGCCUCCAGCAGGGGAACCACGUCACUCACACGUCCUCCCUCGGUCCCCAUCGCUUCCAGCUGCAGAGGGGCUUGGUGCUGGGACAUACGGACUUUGCGCAAUAUCAGACGCAAAUCGCGGCUCUGCUGCACACGAAGUCUCCUCUCGCGACGGCGCGGCGGUGCAGGAGGUGCAGGUGUCCCAACUGCCAGUCCUCCACGUCCAGCGACGAGCCCGGAAAGAAGAAGCAACACAUUUGUCACAUACCGGGCUGCGGGAAAGUUUACGGCAAAACUUCUCACCUCAAAGCGCACCUGAGGUGGCACUCUGGAGAGCGGCCGUUUGUGUGCAACUGGCUGUUCUGUGGCAAGAGCUUCACCAGGUCGGAUGAGCUGCAGAGACACCUGAGGACUCACACGGGGGAGAAGCGCUUUGUUUGCCCGGACUGCUGCAAGAGGUUCAUGAGGAGUGACCACUUGGCCAAACAUGUCAAGACUCACCAGAACAAAAAAACAAAGUGCCACGACAAGACACUUGAGCACGUGAAACGGGAGGACACGAGGAAUAUGUUGUAACACGCCGUGUAGUCACGUUAAACAGUGUAGAAGUCACGAGUGCAAUACAGUCAGUCCCACGUUAGUUU